GAGUUCAUAUUACUCGAAAAAUAUAAUGAAUCGUUUUAUAAUUUUAUGUGUGUCGUUGCGACGUGUUUAAGAUUGAAUGUAGCAUUUUUUGACAUGUUUCCAUGUCCGAAAAACAAAAUUUUCAUUACGAACGAGCUUGGUUCCGGUUUGGUUCUUCAAUACCAUUGUCAUUCAAGAGACAACAAUUUAGACGUCGCAAAUUUACAAUUCAACGAAUCAAAGGAAAUCGUAUUCGCAGACAAGUUAGGAAGAAGGACAAGAUGGACUUGUCUUUUGAAACACGGCUUAUACAUGCGAUAUUAUUCAGAAUUUAUAGCAUACAGAAUGGCUAACGUUCGUCGAUAUGGUGCUUACCGUGAAUGGAUUGCCAGAAAAGAUGGAAUUUAUGUUAUAAGAAAUCGAAAUCCGCCACCAACGUUCCAUCAUAUACAUGUUAUAAGUAAUGUUGAUGACAAUGAUAUUAUUUAAUCUUUAUAAUAAUCUACGUCAUAACCUAUGGUGAUUGUUCUU